AUGUCUAAUAGUGAUGAGCUUUUGGCAGGAUUUCUGCCAGGUCGUGCCUACAUCAGAUUGUAUAAACGGACGCAGAAUGGGAGCAGUGAUCCGUAUGUCCUUCCUGUAACUGAAGUCAAUACUUGGGAGAAACUUCUCAAAUUUUCAAAAAGGAUCUUCGACAUUGAUAGUCCACCAAGAGUAUUUACCGGAGAUAACUGUCCUGUACCACCCGGUUUCUGGGCUGACAUACUUCUUGGAGCUGGUCGAUCUGGCCAAUGUUUUUAUCUUGAAAUUCAUCCGGAGCGAUACACUGGAUGCAAAAGACAGCCACCCGCCGCAAAGAGAAAUCCUUCGUCCGGAAAAACUCCCCCUCCAGAAGAAAUAAACCUUGUAAUUCUUCUCGAAUAUCCGGCAGGCCUAUUUUCUAAACCUCCUGACGAUUUAAUAGUCGAACCUAUAUCGCCAUAUCUAUGUUUUGAAAAACUGGCUCAAAAUAUGAAGUUUUCACUCUUUCGAGAUUUCGCUCCGACCACCGACUUCUCGAUUCUUUUUGAAAAUGCAGCAGGCAAACAUCUUAGCCCUGAACGCACUAUUGCAGAGUGCGGACUCUCUCAUGGACAAUUGGUCCACUGUAGACUAGGGGAUCCUUCUCCAGCUGAUCUGGCUGAAACCGAAUCGUCAUCUCCAGAACCUUGA